GGCAGCGGGCGGCGGCGGCAUGGCGGAGAGCGAGGCCGAGACCCCCAGCACCCCGGGGGAGUUCGAGAGCAAGUACUUCGAGUUCCACGGCGUGCGGCUGCCGCCCUUCUGCCGCGGGAAGAUGGAGGAGAUCGCCAACUUCCCGGUGCGGCCCAGCGACGUGUGGAUCGUCACCUACCCCAAGUCCGGCACCAGCUUGCUGCAGGAGGUGGUCUACCUGGUCAGUCAGGGAGCUGACCCCGACGAGAUCGGCCUGAUGAACAUCGACGAGCAGCUUCCGGUCUUGGAGUACCCGCAGCCCGGCCUGGACAUCAUCAAAGAGCUGACGUCUCCACGCCUCAUCAAGAGCCACCUGCCCUACCGCUUCCUGCCCUCCGACCUCCACAACGGGGACUCCAAGGUCAUCUACAUGGCUCGCAACCCCAAGGACCUGGUGGUGUCCUACUACCAGUUCCACCGCUCCCUGCGCACCAUGAGCUACCGGGGCACCUUCCAGGAGUUCUGCCGGAGGUUCAUGAAUGACAAGUUGGGCUACGGCUCCUGGUUCGAGCACGUGCAGGAGUUCUGGGAGCACCGGAUGGACGGGAACGUGCUGUUCCUCAAGUAUGAAGACAUGCACCGGGACCUGGUGACGAUGGUGGAGCAGCUGGCCAGAUUCCUGGGGGUGCCCUGCGACAAGGCCCAGCUGGAGUCCCUGAUCGAGCACUGCCACCAGCUGGUGGACCAGUGCUGCAACGCUGAGGCCCUGCCUGUGGGCCGGGGACGAGUCGGGCUGUGGAAGGACAUCUUCACCGUCUCCAUGAACGAGAAGUUCGACCUGGUGUACAAACAGAAGAUGGGCAAGUGCGACCUCACCUUUGAGUUCUAUUUGUAACCACAGAACAGCCCACCUGCAUGUCACAAUACCCAGACACUGUAUAGCUCCAAGUCCCGUGCGCCUCCACCUCUCGCUGGCCGGACGCACCCUGGGAGCAGCGUGUGCAGAGCAGGGGACGUGCACGGGGCCGCGUGCCGUAGUGUCCGUAGCACACGCGGCUGGGACGGCCGCCUUUGGCAGCCCCGCGUCCCUCGUUGUGUUUUUCGGAGCUUCUCACUGGAAAUCGCAAAUGUCAGUAAGCCAAAUAAAAGUGCGGCCCCGAGGGAGAGCGCGAGCGAGCGCGGCGGCA